UUGAACAGUGAAUUCCCCACUGACCAAACAGUAUAUAAAUACCUUUAGGACGUGCAUAAGAUAAGCAAGAACUCAUACAAGCACAAACAUAACAUACAGACCAAAGCUAAAUAGGAACUUGUUACCAUACUUUCUAACUUGAAAAUUGUAGUUCCGAUCACAUGGAAUUAAAAUGUGUGUGACUCAUGGGGAAUACUGAAGGUCAAAGCAGGUUCAUGGAAACUGUUCCAGGAAGCUUGGGUUUUGAAAUCAUCCUACUGUAUGUUUGAUGUUACCCAAGCUGAUAAUCUUGUUACUUAGUUUAACCGGAGUUAAUCUUUUUACUCUAACAUUAGUAAUUUUGCAUUAGACAAGCCAUAUUUUCAGUCACAGAAAACUGAAAGACUUGAGAAACCUGCUCACACACACAAAAAAAAAAAAAACUAUUUGAGGAAUGACAAACAGUAAACUAUUAGGACCGUCUCCUCCCACUCGGCUGAAUCAGUAGAUAGUGUCUGACGCAGAGCAGGAAUUCAGUUUCAAGCCUGGACAGGAAACACACACACAGUAUACACACACCCUAUGCACACAGCCUCACGGUCCACUGCUCACACCAGUGUAGAAUGGACUUCCAGUACAGUAGCCUGCUUGAUCAUGUGAACCAGCUAUCUGGAUGGCUAGUUGAUUCUGCUAGUUAAUCCUGAUAAUGAACAACUAGCCUAUAGCAAGUCAAUAGAAACACUAGUGGACUUUGAGUUAUACAGGGAUAAUAAUAACAACAAUGUGGCGGAGACAGGAGAAAGACCGGACCAAUACACUGGCUGGGAUUCUCUUCUGUCUGACGGUAGGACUGUCUCUCCAGGACAAUGAGGAGAAAGUCAACAAGACAAAAACAACCGCCUUAGCUGUGUUGGACCCAAGGACGUUCAAUGGCAGGAGAGUUCAGACCAACUGUACGGCUGAGGCUGGGCCCCCCAGCUUGAUCCACCUGUCCCCUGGGGCCCCUGGGCUGGAUGUGAGGCUGGAGGACCCUGCAGUAGCCUACACCACGGGGCUCCUCAGCACCCGGCUCAUCCCCUCAGCCUACCUCCUGGCCAUGGCAGUGGGCAUCCCCUCCAACGCUUAUAUCCUGGCCUUCCUGAGGCUCCGGGCCAGGUCUUUCUCCACGGCUGUCCUCUACCUUAGCCUGGCCCUCUCUGACCUACUCCUCCUGCUCUCCCUGGCCCUCCGAGUCCACUACCACCUAAACGGAAACAACUGGGUGUUCGGCGAAGCUGCCUGCCGUGUCGUCACCGCUUGUUUCUAUGGCAAUGUCUACUGCUCUGCCCACACCAUCGCUUGUGUCAGCCUCAAGCGCUACCUGGCCGUGGUGAGGCCCUUCCUGUACAGGCGGCUGCCCAAGACGGCCUGGGCGCUGGGGGCAAGCCUGGGGGUGUGGGGCCUGUUUGGGGUGGCUGUGAUGCCUGAGCUCCUGGUGAGACAGAGCUUCCUGCUGCCUCGUCUGGGAUUCACCACCUGCCAUGACAUACUGCCCCUGGAGGACUCCCCCCACGCACUGCUGGUGCCCUACAGGUUGGCACUGGUCUGUUUAGGGUUACUCGUGCCCUUUGUGGUCUGUGCCUGGACCCAUGUGGCGGUGGUGCAGCAUCUGGGUCGCUCGGGCCUUGACUGGACACCCUUCAUCAGGGUCAGUACACUGGUCUUCCUCAUCUUCACUGUGUGUUUCGCUCCCAGCGGCGUCCUCCAUAUCGCCCAUUACGUGAGGCUGUCCACCAGUGGAGAGGACGGGCUGUAUGUGUACUCCAGCGCUACAGUGUGUCUGUGCUGCUUCCACAGCUGUCUGGACCCCUUCCUGUGUAUUCUCAUGUCCAGGACAACCGCCUCCAAACUGCGCUUCGCCUCUCUCAGGAGGACACAGCAGACACCUGUUCUGGUGUAGAGACUGUGUGUAUGUGCCCACUGUAUUUAAAAAAUAUAUAUUUCAGCUUUAUUUAACCAGGUAAGCUAGUUGAGAACAAGUUCUCAUUUACAACUGCGACCUGGCCAAGAUAAAGCAAAGCAG